CUCCUACACCACUGGACCUCAGCCAGAAAAACCACCAAUCUCGAUCGACCAUGGAAGGCAUCGGUGUAUUGCUCACGUUUCCGAUGUCUUCUUACCUCGAACAACAACUCGAUAAGCGUUUCAAUCUCUUUCGCCUUUGGAACUUCCCUAAAAGAAACGAUUUCUUAGAGGAGAACGCCAGUUCUAUUCGAGCGGUGGUCGGAAAUGCCAACGUCGGUGCCGAUAGGGAAUUGAUCGACUCGUUGCCGGCUCUGGAGAUCGUAUCGAGUUUCAGUGUGGGGUUAGAUAAGGUGGAUUUGGUGUAUUGUAAGGAGAAAGGGAUUAGGGUUACGAAUACACCUGAUGUGUUGACUGAGGAUGUGGCUGAUUUAGCCAUUGGAUUGAUGUUGGCGACGUUGAGAAAGAUUUGUGAGUGCGAUCGGUAUGUUAGAGGUGGAUUAUGGAAGAAAGGUGACUUCAAAUUAACUACGAAGUUCAGUGGCAAAAAAGUUGGAAUUAUAGGUCUGGGCAGAAUAGGCACAGCAAUUGCUAAAAGAGCUGAAGCAUUCAGCUGCCCCAUCAGUUACUAUUCCAGAUCAGAGAAACCCAAAUCGAAAUACAAAUACUUCCCCUCCGUUGUCGAAUUGGCUUCCAAUUGUCAGAUCCUCGUUGUUGCGUGUCCGCUAACCGAAGAAACCCGACACAUCAUUAAUCGCGAAGUUAUUGAUCUCUUGCCGCACGCUGGGAGUGGAACCGUUGAGACCUGUAAGGCGAUGGCGGAUCUUGUCGUCGGAAACCUAGAGGCUCACUUUUCCAAUAAGCCAUUGUUGACUCAGGUGGUCUUAUAAAAAGAGAUGUAUGUAUACAAUUGGCUGAUUGUUACAUGAUUUUUGAGUUCAACUUUAAGUUCAUCAUUGUUUUUUAAAGUUAGGGACCGUUUACCUAAAUGAUUACCCAGUAAACACUUA